AUGGAAACUCCGUGGAAGGAUCUCGUCGUUGCAAAGCGACGCGAGUGCGCACAGAAGAUUCCCCGCGAAUGGACUCUUAGUGAGGACCAACUCUCGGUGCCCGCACGUCUGCUGGAGUAUGAUCUCCCGCGGCGAACGGGGUUGCUGUCUGAGCUUGAGCUGGAUCUCACGGAAAACUUUACUGCAAAGCAGCUUCUGGUUAAAUUGGCUUCGGGUCAUGUUAGCUCGCUGGCUGUUACCACUGCGUUUUGUAAACGGGCGGCUAUCGCGCAACAGGUGACAUCGUGCCUCACUGAGACGUUUUUCGACCAAGCGCUCGAUCGUGCUAAGUACCUUGAUGAGUAUCUCCAGCGCGAGGGGAAGCCGAUUGGCCCGCUUCAUGGCUUGCCGGUCAGUCUGAAAGAUAGCUUUUGUGUUGAAGGCUUGCAGUCAACUGUGGGAUAUGUUUCAUUUCUGAAGAACCCGCCGGCGUCGACAAAUUCGGCGCUUGUGGCAAUGCUUCUUCGGCUGGGAGCAGUGUUGUACGUCAAGACAAACAUUCCACAGACUAUGAUGUCUGCCGAUUCGGAGAAUAACAUCUUCGGCCGUACACUCAACCCACACAACACGUCUCUGACAGCCGGCGGGUCCAGUGGCGGUGAAGGCGCUCUUGUGGCAUUCCGAGGCUCCAUCCUCGGUGUGGGCACUGACAUUGCCGGAUCAAUCCGUAUCCCAUCCCUCUGCUGUGGUGUGUAUGGAUUCAAGCCAACGGCAGACCGCGUCCCCUUCGGUGGGCAGGUCUCGGGUGCGAUGGAGGGGUUGCCCGGUCUCAAGCCCGCUGCUGGCCCUCUGGCGCACAGUGUUGCCGAUUUGCAAUUGUUUAUGAAGUGUGUCAUCGGUGAAGGAGAAGCAUGGCAAUAUGACCAGACUGCCAUGGCUGUGCCGUGGUCCGGCAGUCCUCAUAGUAUCAACGAGCGCAAUGGAGGUCUGACAAUUGGUGUCUUGGGUGAAGACAAGGCCUUCCCUCUUCACCCACCUGUUAAGCGUGCCCUGGAUCGUGCGGUCGAGUUGCUGACCCGAGCCGGCCAUCGCAUUGUCAAACUUGACAACCAGAGCAAGAAAGAAACCUCCGUGGCGUUUUCUUCUCGUCUCUCGCUCCAAUACUUUGUCUAUGGUCCGCAUAUCGAUCAUAUCGGCGCCAGCGGCGAGCCGCUUGUCAACUCAGUGGCUAAAGCCGCAUCGCCUAUGUUCACGGGUCCCUGGCCUGUCGAUCAAGAGUUGGAAACUUUCCAGAAGAUUCAGAAGCUGCAUGAAGCGCGAACGCGGGUAAGCGAUGCAUGGCGUCAGAUCUGGGUGGAUCAGAAGCUGGACGUGGUUCUUGCUCCUGGGGCACAGAAUACUGCGGUUGCGUACGACACUUAUGGAUGGCCACCUUAUACCGUGAUGUGGAACCUGUUGGAUUAUCCUGCGUGUAUUGUUCCGUUUCGGAAGGCAUCCAAGGAGCUAGAUCCGGAAAAGAUGGCCAUAGGUGAUGGCGUGCAGCCCGAUUAUAACCCCGAUGAAGUGGACGGUGCGCCAUGUGCAGUGCAAGUUAUCACUCCAAAGUUCCAAGAUGAGAAGUGUCUGUGGGCAGCGGACAUUAUUGACCAAGUUCUUCGAACAUAG